UGAAUAGCACAUAACGAGUGUGUUACUCAAAGCGUACGGUAGCUAAAUAAUUAACGGCAAAGCAAAAAGCAAAAAAAGUUGAAAAUUAAAACGCUAAGUCCAGAAAGAGACACUACAGAAAAAGAAAAAUCUCAGCGCCACUUAGAAAAAAAAAUAUUGAAAAAUUUCGAGUGUGUGUUUCGUGUCAAAGCCAAUUGAACGCGCCACGUCUAAACGGAUUACGGGCGAAUAAAAAUCGUACUCUCGAUACAACAAUUGGAUUAAUUACAAAAAUAUUUGAAAAAAAAUAAAAACUACUACAAUAGCAAAAAAUCAAGUGAUUUCAAAAGCUGAAUUGCAAAAAUUGAAAGUGAACAAUUAAUUGUGAAAAAUCUAUAUCAAAGAAACAAACUGUGUGUGUCUAAAUAAAUCACACUUGCAGCAACAAAUAAAUAAAAAACACUGAGACCCCUCUAAUAAAAAUCACGACGAAUUUCUGUAAAUCAGAAAUUUCUUUCGCCAACCAAAUUCUUUCAUCACAACCUCGCACACGGCCGCCAACGACGACCGUCGCCCAAACAACCGCCAAAAUUCUACUCAAAGAACGUAAAGCAGUCAUUUCAAAAAUGAAAUCCCUCACCGCUGUCUGUCAAACAGGUGCCUCCAUGCCGCCAAUGAAUCCGAACGGACGCAUUGCGCGCCAUGCGCCACAACGCGGCGACGGCGAAAAUGCCGAAAUGAAAAUGUACCUCUCCAAACUGAAGGAUCUCGUGCCGUUCAUGCCGAAGAAUCGCAAACUUUCCAAGUUGGAAAUCAUUCAACACGUCAUCGACUACAUUUGCGAUCUGCAAACCGAGCUGGAGGCACAUCCCGAGAUCGCCAAUUUCGAUGCGGCCAGCGCGCUAAAUAUGUCCGACGAUUCGGCACACAAUUCAAGCAUGAAUAGCGAAGAGAAUGAACAACGUUUGGCUGAACGACUAUCGGGCGCUGACAGUAGUUUUGGCAUCUCAACGUUGCAACAGCAACAAAACAGCGCGCUAACAACCUCCACAUCUAGUCCUGCCUUGAGACAGCCUUUGGCUGAUCGUCAAGCACCGAACACCAUCCUGCCCGGCACAAAUAUGAGCGCAGCUGCUGCACACACCACAAUGGCGUUACAUAUGCAACAACAAUUGCAGCUGCAACAGCAACAGUGGGAACAACAGAUGUUGCAACAGCAACAACAACAACAGCAAGCGCAACAACAACAACAGCAAGCGCAGCAGCAGCAAACGCAACAACAACACCCACAAUUGCCCAGCGGCGAAACGGUGAGUUGUUGAUUCCGCGUGUCGCAGCCACAGCAAUAGAAGAAUAAGAAGAGGAAUGCUAAUUUUAAGCGUAGUCUUUAGGUUGUCUCUCGUUUUCGUGUUUAGCACUGCGAAAAUAUUGUUUUAAAACAAAAUGUGUGAAAAAUCUGUAAUUUAUUUAGUUAAGCAGCUGUAUCCUAUAUUUUAAGCAGAAACCUUAAUGUAAAGCAUGUAAAAAAUCAAUUAAA